AUGCCUAAGACCAGCCGUUCCAAGGACGAAUCAUCCAGCAUCUGGGUCGAAGGGGACUUCGUGUGGAUGAUCGAGAUGCUCCCCUUUUACCUCGACUUCAGCUCCAUGCAUGCCUGCAUGCUCAUGACCUACCUUGUUGACUUCCUCAAGGCCCGCGAUCCCUUCAAACAGAGCUGGGUGAAAGCCAAUGCGGUCCCAUGUCUUGACGCGCUUCCUGAGCUGAUCGCGGAUGAAGCAGUAUAUAUCGCCCAGCACAAGUCUCGCUAUUUCAAUUACUAUGAUACCUUCUUCAAGCAAAAAGCUAGUCUUGAAGAGCUCCGAAUUCGAAUAGAGAAGGAUGAAAAACGCGAGCUCAAGAUCUUGGCGAAGGAACAGCGCAAGCUCAAAGCCCGGAUUGACGCACAGGCUGGACCCAGUUCUCAGAACAAGCAUAUGAACAAGAGGGGAAGCCUAAGGGCACCCAGCAUGAUUGGCGACAGCUAA